GUGCCAGUCAGUGGCUCCCGACCUUCGGCCGCGGGUCCUGCGCCGUGCGCAUCCUCGGUGGGCGGCCGGGCCGCGGAGACGCGAUGGCCGCCGCCAGCGGCGCCCAGCUCGUCGCCGAGGCCCUCAAGGCUCAAAAUAUUGAAUACAUGUUUGGCAUUGUUGGUAUUCCAGUCACUGAAAUUGCAAUUGCGGCCCAAGCAGUUGGAAUAAAAUACAUAGGAAUGAGAAAUGAACAAGCCGCCUGUUAUGCUGCAUCUGCUGUUGGAUAUUUGACUGGCAGACCAGGAGUAUGUCUUGUAGUGUCCGGUCCAGGCUUUUUACACGCCCUUGGUGGGAUGGCAAAUGCAACCAUGAACUGCUGGCCUUUGAUUGUUAUUGGAGGCUCUUCUGACAGAAAUCAGGAAACCAUGGGAGCUUUCCAGGAAUUCCCACAGGUUGAAGCUGGUAGGCUGUACAACAAACUGUCUGUCCGCCCAAGCAGCCUAGAAGUUAUUCCUGCUGUUAUUGAAAAGGCUGUAAGAACCAGCAUAUAUGGUCGUCCAGGUUCCUGCUAUAUUGACAUACCUGGUGAUUUUGUAACUCUUCAGGUGAAUAAGAGCUCUGUCAAGUAUGUGGAAUGCUGCCUGCCACCUCCCGUCAGCAUGGCUGAAUGCUCUGCUGUAUCUGAAGCAGUGUCUAUCAUUGCUCAUUCCAAGCAGCCUCUGCUGAUCAUUGGCAAAGGUGCUGCUUAUUCACAUGCUGAAAACAACGUCAGAAAGUUGGUGGACCUUUGUGGACUGCCUUUUUUGCCUACACCAAUGGCAAAAGGAGUAGUUCCUGAUAACCAUCCAAAUUGUGUAGCUGCAGCAAGAUCAACGGCAUUACAGCAUGCUGAUGUAAUCGUCCUGCUUGGUGCAAGGUUGAAUUGGAUUUUGCAUUUUGGUCUUCCACCAAGGUUUCGAGAAGAUGUAAAGGUCAUUCAGGUCGAUAUUUGUGCAGAAGAGCUGGGGAAUAACGUGAGGCCAGCUGCAGUUUUAUUAGGUGACAUAAGCACCGUGACUAAGCAGCUCUUAGAAGAAAUCAGCAAAAGACCAUUGAAAUAUCCUUCUAAUUCAGAGUGGUGGAAGAAGCUAAGAAAGAAAAUAAUUCACAAUGAGGAAAGAUCAAAGGGAUUAGCAUUACAGAAAUCCCUGCCUAUGAAUUAUUACACAGUCUUUCAUCACAUCAGAGAGCUGAUACCCAAAGACUGCAUCUUAGUAAGUGAGGGAGCAAACACCAUGGACAUUGGACGAACUAUGCUUCCAAAUUACUACCCUCGUCAAAGGCUUGAUGCAGGUACUUUUGGAACGAUGGGAGUUGGACUGGGUUUUGCUAUAGCAGCUGCAGUGGUAGCUAAAGACCGAACACCUGAAAAGCGAGUUAUCUGCAUAGAAGGUGAUAGUGCUUUUGGAUUUUCUGGGAUGGAGGUGGAAACUAUUUGCAGAUACAAUUUGCCAAUCCUGAUUAUCGUAGUAAACAACAAUGGCAUUUACACUGGUUUGGAUGCAGAUGCCUGGAAGGAGAUGUUAAAGUUUGGAGAUCCUGCUACAUGUGUACCUCCUGUUUCCCUCCUGCCAAAUUCACACUAUGAGGAAAUUAUGUCUGCCUUUGGAGGUAAAGGAUACUUUGUUAAAACGCCAGAAGAAUUGCAGAAUGCUCUGAAAGCAAGCCUGACUGACAAGCAAACACCUUCUCUUAUAAAUGUAAUGAUUGAUCCACAGUCUGAGAGAAAGGAGCAGGAAUUUCCCUGGCUGACUCGUUCUAACCUGUAGUAGAAGAUGAAGAUAAUGGUGAUACAAGGCAGUGAGUUAAGCAAAACUAAAUUGGUUUCCAGAAGUGGAACUGGUGCAACUAUAUUUUACAUAAGCAUUGGAACAAAGUGGGAUUUUAGAACUGCUGUUAGAGGAAUCUUUCAAUGCUGAAAUUAAGUAAUUGUAAAAUUAAAAAGACACAUAUGAAUGUAUACCAGGCCUUCUAGCAGAUUGUACAGAAACACUGAUGAUAAAAUUACAUACUAUUACUGAAUCACACCCAUCAAGAUUUGUGAAUUAAAAUCUUGGAUGUUCUAGACAAAGGGAGCCAGGGUUUUAUGCUGACUAAAACAUAGAUGUCUUUGGCAGUCUAAUUACAGUAGCUUCAUUUUUAACCAACCACCAGCAUGCUAGUUGUUAGAGACAGUCUUGUAAGGACCAAAACAAAGCAUCUUGUGGAGAAGUGCUGAUUGGCCUCAUUAUGCAUUGAAACCCAUUGGGUUGAUAGUCACUUCAUAAUUUUACAAGUUGCUUUUUCAGCUUCUACUGCAGGUAGAAGUAGUGUAUUAAAAAUGCAGCCUUACUCAAGGGCUGAGUUUGUCUGUUGCAUUUGUUUUUGUUAAUUGGGAUUUACAGUGCUUCUAGAAAAAAAAUUAAAUCUUAGAUUUUUAUUUGAAGCUUAGAUCAUAAAUCUUCAUAAUCAGAAGUGCUUUAAAAAAAAAGACAAAAAAAAAAAAACCUAAACCCAAACAACAAAAAAAAAACAACUCACCAGAACAACAGCAAAAAAAAGUAUUAGUCUGGAGCUUAAUGUCCAGUUUGGCUGGCAUCACAAAGCAGCAACCGGCAUUCAUGCUGUGUCUGGCUAAUUGUGCAACAAAGGUUCUUCAUAUAAUGUACUUACUGUAUAGAAACUUAGAGCCCAACUUGCACUGUGAUGCAGAGAUAACAUUUAAAGCAGAUAAUUGGCCUACCUGUGGUUCUGUUUACUGUGUUUUCAUCUGUUGUUGCAUCUGACAAUCUGACUUAGAGCUUGGACUUUAAAAGUGAAGUAGUUUUUUCUCUAUGCUUUUAUCAUGGUAUCUACUAUUUAGUAUACUACUCUGCAGGUUACUUUAUAUUUACAUCUGUUCUUAAAUGCACCGGGAGGUUUUUGUUGUUACAUAUGUAAAAGGGAAAAUUCUAGCUCUGAUUGCUCUAUUGUCUGUUACUCCGUUGACAUUAAGUGUUAGUUAACUAGCAGAAGGCACUUGGAUGAGCUGAGGAGGAGGAGGACUGGGCUGGCAGGGGAUCCUGGCCUACAGUUAGGUUGUUUGCAGAAAGCUUGGUUCAUUAGUUCUUGCACUUCAGCCUGGGUCUGGCACGAGGCCGUGGGCUGCUGUUAGGUAGAGGAAUGUCUCUGCACACUGGUGCAGAAAGCUAGUAUCUGACAUGAGCAGGAGCACCACAGUCUAACCAGAGUUACCACCGAUGGCUGGGUGUGUGGGAAUAGCUGUGUAGCACUGUGAAUGUUUGAGUCAAGAAAGGUAAUUUGCUUAGGAGGGCUAAGUGCAAAAAGAUAAAAUCUAUAGAAUGGGUACAACUCAUGAGUGAGCGUAAGGCGGCGGAGUCGCUGUGUUCUCUGGGGUACUCUGCAGGGCAUGUCGAACAAUGUUGGGUCUUGUCACUGGUUCUGUUUCAUUCUUCUUUAACUCUCAAAAACUGAUUUUACUGUGUGGCAGUGCUUGAACAUAAUCCGUUAUGAUGCUGUAAAAUAUCUGUAAGAGUUAAUGCUGGGACUGACCACAGAGGAGAUCAUUUGCAUUGGAUAAGCAAAUGCAGAAAUUCUUGGUUUGUAUUUGAAAACUAAUAAAAAGUGAUUUUUAUACUGUU